AUGGACACUGAAAAUCAAACUGUGUUGUCGCUGAACGCUGCAUUGGUCACUGGGUCCGUCAACGCAGUGGGUAUUGGUGGAAACAUCAUGGUCAUCAUUGUCAUUGCCAGAACGGCUGGUCUGAGAGGGUUCUCUGGUGCGCUCAUGAUCAACCAAGCCGUGGCGGAGGUCUUGCAGGAAGUUGUCAUUCAAUUUCUGAUAUACCAUUUUGCGGUUCGUCCUCCAAUGAUUCAACUUACCAUCCAUGUUCGACUUCUUCUGUUCGGCCUCAGUGGCGUUGUAUCUCACAGUUUAAGCGCCCUGUCAACAAAUCUCUACCUCGCUAUCUGCAAACAACACCAGUACAAGACCAUGGUUACAUGGAAACGGAUCGGUGCCUUCCUCUGCUGUUCCUGGAUCUUCAAUGUCCUGAUCGUCAGCCUGUACCACGUUGUUCCGUCGUUCUAUGAAGUUAACCUCGAGUCAUCUUCAGAUUUCCUGAACAUAAACCUAACACCCUCUAACUGGUGGUUCUUCCUUCUUCUGGCAGUCAACAUCGUCCUCGUCCCAAUCUCUUCAGCGGCCACGUGUUUCCUGAAAAUCCAGUCCUGCAUGAAAUGCCCCACUAUGGCCACCCUUGGUCCUCGCAACAUGGCGAAGGUGAAACUGUCUCAGACUAUCCACCUCACGACUAUAAUCUACCUCAUCACCUUCGUGCCCGUCCUCCUUGUCAUCUCACUUAAGUUUCACAUGCCGUUCGGCAAGGCGAUCUCCUGGGCAAUCUGCUCUUCGUAUUACAUCAUCAAGCUGUUGGUGUACCUCAAACUGUACAAACCGUUUCGAACGACGAUGAAGGGCAUGUUCUGCCAUAAUCGUGUUGGCGAUGCUGACUGCAGUGGCACUUUGGAAACGUCUAGGUGA